UAGGCCCUCCAAGGCUGGCAGGCUUCCUGGAGGAGGUGUCCACUAAGCCAAGCAUGGUAGGAGGAGGAGGAGCUGUUCUUUAGAAACUGCUUGCCUGCAAUGAGAGAGUACAGGAAAUGGGUUCUCCUUAGCAUGGCAUUCAGGCCCAGGUGCCAUGCAUUCCCUGCUGCCUCUGCUGGUCCCGGUCCUGCCACUUCUGGCCCGUGUACAGAGACGUCUAGAUUGUAGUGACUUGUGUCUAUCUCACUCAAGAGCCUGGAAGGUUCCUGAGUGCUAAGACUAGGUCUCCUUUCUCAUUUCAUUUGUCAGUUCUCCACACAAGGUCUGCACACAGUGGUGCUCAAUGAUGUUGUUCCAAGCAGCUCCCCUGCCUCCUCACCCUCAUCCACCCCCUAAAGCCAGGCUGUGUGCUUCCUCCUUUGUGGCCCUAUAGCACUUUAUACCUGACUCAGAACUCACACUGGUACAGCACUUUCUAGUUGGCAAAGCACUUUCACGUAUAUUAAUGCAGGUGACGCUCACAAAAGCCAUGUAAACAGUGUCAUUGUUGACAUCAUCAUCAUCAUUACCUGCCAGAAUGGUGGUGUAAGUAUGUGUGCUCCGUAGCUGGACUGCUUGGGGGCAAGUCCUGGCCCUACCGCUUACUGGCUGUGUGACCUUGAAAAACUUGCUCAGCCUCUCUGGGCAUCAAUUUCCCUAUUUGUAAGAGAGGAGUAAUCUACCUCACAGGAGCAUUGAGAGGCUACAGGUAGAGCAAGAAGAAUACUGCUUACCACAUAGCUAGCUCAACAAUAAUGGCAGCCAUUAUCAUUCAAUUUAUAGAUAAGGACACAGAAGCUCAAGGUCAAGAUCACCCAGCUAUCCAGUUACACAGGGUUUUAUCUCUGAGUCUUUACUUUGAAUCUAGUGUUUUGGGAUUAUCUCCCCACCCUCUCCCUAUCUCCCUUGUCCUCCUGUCUCCUAAUUUACCUGUUUAUACAUCUGUCUGUCCUCCAGGGUGGCUCCUCCAAGGCACGAGGACAAGGGAGAUUCCUCUUCUCCCAGAUGUCCUGGCAUCAUGGCUGGCUCCCUCCUGUCCCCCCAGUGCCUGAACAGUGCCCGGCCACUAGUGAACGCUUGGACACUGUGUCUCUUCCUGCUAAGGCCUCCGGCGGAUGACCUCUGGCCCCCCAGACCACUCUGUGAGGCUGGCAGAAAUCCCCCACCACUGUACUGAGGCACGAUAAGCUAGGCAUAGCGGUUCUGAUGCACGUGUACACCUGUAAAACUACCACCGCAAUCACCCAUGACAGACAUUUCCCUCACCCCUAAGAUUUUCCCAUGCCUCUCUGAAAUCCCUCCCUGCCUCCGAUUACAGAUUUAUUCAUCUCCAGUUUACAGACGAUGAAAUCGAGGCGCUGAGAAGUAAAAUAACCUUCCCAGUGCUGAGCAGACGGCCACUCCAGGAUUUGGACCUAGGUGAAGUGUCCCCAGGCUGCCUCUUGGCCACCGUGCCAAGCUGCCGGGUGGUCAGCAGACGGUGGGUGCCUGUCCCCCCUGCUCUGCCCCACGCUGUCCAGGUCCAAGCCGACAGUUUAUAAGGAGAUGGCCUUUAUGUUGUGACUCUCUCAGCGCCCGUGUGUGAGGGGCAGGCUGACACCCCAAAUGGGUGUGACUGGGUACCAAGGGCCGACGACAGAAACAGCACAGGCAGAUCAGGUAAAGGUAGCCUAACGCCAGAAGGCUGGGAGACACAGGAGCCCGAGGUGGGUGCUGGGCUCAGUGUGAGUAUGUGUGACUCCGUGGCUGUGACAGUGUGACUGCUGAAGGCAGGGACACAGCGGCUCCCUGGCUGGGGGUGGAAGGCGUUAACUGUGCCAAUGCUGGCGUGGGUGGGUGGGCCCCGGCCCGCACCUGGGGGCUGAGGGAGAUAGUAAACAUCAGGGUGACGGGAGGAUCGUGUUGGUAGCCCUGCGAGGACGCGGCAGGGCUGUGGGGGUUUGUGUGACUUUGCAGUUCAACAAAUUCAAAUCCAGCCAACGCUGGCAGUGCCUGCGGUGUGCCAGGCAACCAGCUAGGAGGAGGAGACGCGGACCCGGCUUGCAGCUGAACGGCACUGGCUGCGGGUUUCCUGUGCUGCCUCAUGGUGCUGUUUUGCCCUUUCUGGCAUUUCCUCCUCACAGUAACCCUCCGCCCACUUUGAGGCUAGAUGGAGGAGCACAGAAGGAAAGUGACUUGCCCAAGGUGACCCAUGCUACCCAGUGCCGGUGGAGAAUCUGACCCCAAGCUAUCUGGCUGCAGAGCCUGAGUCCUUUCCCGCCAUGCCUGGGCCAGGAUGCAAGUGUCUGGUCCUGGAGGGAGGCUGGGACUCCUGGCCUUGGCCCUGGAGACAUCUCUCAAUGGGUUCCUAAUCUGUCCACGGUCACUGUGCUGAGGGAUGAGGGGCGGGGCGGCUGGCCACUUCUAGUUCUUUUCCUGGGGCCAGAUUCAUGGAAAGAGGGGCUGCCUGGCUCUGAGACCCCGAAGCGCCCCACCCUCGCCCCAGGCCCUCCCCAGCUCCUGCCCCCCUCCCGGCGCUGACUCCCGGCCAGAAGAGGAAAGGCUGUCUCCACCCACCUCUCGCACUCUCCCUUCUCCUUUAUAAAGGCCGGAACAGCUGAAAGGGUGGCAACUUCUCCUCCUGCAGCCGGAGCGGCCUGCCUCCCCGCGCCCGCAGCCUCCCCCCUACCUCCUCCAGGGCUCCCCUCCGGCCGCCAGCGCCCAUUUUUCAUCCCCGAGAUAGAGAUAUUUUGCGCACACACAUACACACACGCGCAAAAAGAAAAAAAAAGCCCACCCUCCUGCCUCGUUGCAAAGAGAAAGCCGGAGCAGCCGCAGCCCGCAGCUCGCAGCCGCAGAGGACGCCCGGAGCGGCGAGCGGCCGGCAGAAGGACCGACGGACUCGCGCCGCCUCCACCUGUCGGCCGGGCCGGCCGAGCGCGCAGCGGGCACGCCGUGCGCGCGGAGCAGCCGUGCCCGCCGCCCGGGCCCCGCGCCAGGGCGCACACGCUCCCGCCCCCCCACCGGCCCGGGCGGGAGUUUGCACCUCUCCCUGCCCGGGUGCUCGGGCCGCUGCUGCAAAGCCAACUUUGGAAAAAGUUUUUUCGGGGAGACUUGAGCCUUGAGGUGCCCAGCUCUGCGCUUUGCGAUUUUGGGGGUCUUUCCAGAAAAUGUAAAAAAGCUAAGCCGGCGGGCAGAGGAAAACGCCUUUAGCCGGCGAGUGAAGACGAAACAUCGACUGCCGUGUUCCUUUUCCUCUUGGAGGUUGGAGUCCCCUGGGCGCCCCCACACGGCUAGACGCCUCGGCUGGUUCGCGACGCAGCCCCCCGGCCGUGGAUGCUCACUCGGGCUCGGGAUCCGCCCAGGUAGCGGCCUCGGACCCUGGUCCCCGCGCCCAGGUCCUCCCCAGCCCCCCAGCGACGGAGCCGGGGCCGGGGGCGGCGGCGACCGGGGGCCAUGCGGGUGAGCGGCGGCUGCAGCGGCCUGAGCGCCUGAUCGCUGCGGACCCGAGCCGAGCCCACCCCCCUCCCCAGCCUCCCACCCUGGCCGCGGGGGCGGCGCGCUCGGUCUACACGUCCGGGGCCCCGUGGGGCCGGGCCCGGAGCCGGCAUGAAUCGCUGCUGGGCGCUCUUCCUGUCUCUCUGCUGCUACCUGCGUCUGGUCAGCGCCGAGGGGGACCCCAUUCCCGAGGAGCUCUAUGAGAUGCUGAGUGACCACUCUAUCCGCUCCUUUGAUGACCUCCAGCGCCUGCUGCACGGAGACUCCGUAGAUGAAGAUGGGGCCGAGUUGGACCUGAACAUGACCCGGUCCCAUUCCGGAGGCGAGCUGGAGAGCCUGGCCCGGGGGAGAAGAAGCCUGGGCUCCCUGACUGUGGCUGAGCCAGCCAUGAUCGCCGAGUGCAAGACGCGCACGGAGGUAUUCGAGAUCUCCCGGCGCCUCGUGGACCGCAGCAACGCCAACUUCCUGGUGUGGCCGCCCUGCGUGGAGGUGCAGCGCUGCUCCGGCUGCUGCAACAACCGCAAUGUGCAGUGCCGCGCCACCCAGGUGCAGCUGCGGCCUGUCCAGGUGAGAAAGAUCGAGAUUGUGCGGAAGAAGCCAGUGUUUAAGAAGGCCACGGUGACCCUGGAGGACCACCUGGCAUGCAAGUGCGAGACAGUGGUGGCUGCACGGCCUGUGACUCGAAGCCCGGGGGCUUCCCAGGAGCAGCAAGCCAAGACGCCCCAAACUCGGGUGACCAUCCGAACAGUGCGAGUCCGCCGGCCCCCCAAGGGGAAGCACCGGAAAUUCAAGCACACCCAUGACAAGAUGGCACUGAAGGAGACCCUCGGAGCCUAGGGGCAUCGGCAGAAGAGUGUGGGCAGGGUUAUUUAAUAUGGUAUUUGCUGUAUUGCCCCCAUGGGGUCCUUGGAGUGAUAAUAUUGUCCCCUCGUCCGUCUGUCUCGAUGCUGAUUCGGACGGCCAAUGGUGCUUCCCCUACCCCGCCGCGUGUCCGUCACCCUCCACCUGCGGGUCUCCUCCCAGCGGUCCCCGGCAUCUUGCCCAGCAGCUCGAGAAGGAAAAGAAGGACUGAACUCCAUUGCUGUCUUCCUCCCUUGAUGCCAAGAGUCUGGGAUACGAGUGCAAGAGAGACUGAUGGGGUCGCUGUUUGGGAAAAGGGGUCCCUUCGCCUAGGCCUGGCCUGGGCCACACCCGAGUGCUCUGGACUGGCCCGAGGAGCCCUGCACGUGGCCCUGAGGACUUCUUGGCAUGUUCUGUCUGGUCCCUGGAGCCCUGGCCAGCUCUGGGGGGGAGCACCUCCAGGCAGGCCGGGGUACCUCGGACGCCGUGGCUAAGACCACAGACUGGAGCACAGACUGGAGAAAACCCCUCCCACAGUGCCCAGACCCCCCCAUCACUUCUUCUACCUGAUCACCUUUGCUCAGAGUGGCUUUGUUCUACUCUCUGUGUAUGAAAUCUUUGAAGACGUGGACUCCUCUAGGGGGGUGUGGCCAGAGUGCCAGGUUGGCCGAGUGCCCUCUCAGAUGGGUUAAAGAUGAAGUUUGCUCUUGGGGUGGGCACAGAUGGUGACCUGGGCAUCCCCUGCCUCCUGCCACCUCCCUGCUCCCUUUGCUCUACCCUGAUUCACUUCCUUCUCUGUUUCCUCUUAUCUCUCUACCUCUACCUAGUAGUGUCUUCUUGUCCUGGCCCUUCAGUCUGCUCUACCAAGUGGCUCUUGGACCUCUUACUGAGGCCCCAAAUGACCCCAGUCACUUCUCCCUAGGGCUGAAGACCAGGGGCCAGGGCAGCAGGGGACCUGCCCAUCAUAUUCCAGCCCAGCCAAGACUGCCAUGUAAGGUUGUACAGGGUGUGCACUGCACAAGGGCACUGCAUGCAGGGAGCACUGUUCACACCACAGAUGUGGCCGAUCUGUGUGUUUAUCAUGACAGUGUCUGGCAGAUGUAGGUGAAUGUCUGAGGAAAGGGAUGCUUUGCCUAAUUCACACACAGGCUCCCUGUGAACAGCCUGUGCCCCUGCCCCGCCUGUGGAUGGGAGUGGUCAGAGAGGAGUGAGUCUGUGGCGGGGAGGCAAUGCUGUUGUUCACGGGGCCUCCAUUUCCCAGAGUCCACUGCUCCAGCCGUCCCCCUUCCAGGCAGGUGUGGGAGACCCAGGAGAAUGUCUCCAAGGGAGGGGCAGCCCCUCCCGCCCCCCCUUCCCGCUUGCACCUUUGCUGUCCUAUUUCCUUCCACCCCUGGAGGCUCCUCCCAGGAACCCAGCUCCUGGCUGGGAGGGGACAGAAGGGACAGGGUCCCCAGGGCCCCCGGCGUGGGGCCUGAGCUCUCUUCCCUUCCCACCUCCCACUGCACCCUCCCCUCCCCUCCUCCAAACUCUGCUUCCUUCAGUUUGUAAAGUCGGUGAUUAUAUUUUUGGGGGCUUUCCUUUUAUUUUUUAAAUGUAAAAUUUAUUUAUAUUCCGUAUUUAAAGUUGUAAAAAAAGAUAACCACAAAACAAAACCA